AAAGUCGCCUCGCGGUGUCCGCUUUGGCGGAGUUUCCGAAACUCUGCUCCAACUUUUGUUUGUUUUUUUGUUGGAGUUUCUCUCGAACGGAUCGAGGUUUUGUUUUUUUUUCUCUCUCUGUGCAGCUUGGCAGUCCCAGACGUCAAGAGCCUCACCUGAGAAAGAUGAAGUCCCGAUACACUGUGGUACCCACCAUUGCUACAGUUUUCUUUGCUUGUUGGGUCACUAGUGCCAGUGCAUGUAAUAAGGCUUUGUGUGCAAGUGAUGUGAGCAAGUGCCUUAUCCAGGAACUAUGCCAAUGCCGUCCAAUAGAUGGGAACUGUUCGUGUUGCAAGGAAUGCAUGCUUUGCCUGGGGACUCUGUGGGAUGAGUGCUGUGACUGUGUGGGAAUGUGCAAUCCCAGAAAUUACAGCGAUACACCACCCACCUCAAAGAGUACAGUGGAGGAGCUUCACGAACCUAUCCCAUCUCUGUUCCGUGCUCUAACAGAAGGUGAAACUCACCUCCACUGGAACAUUGUGUCGUUCCCUGUCUCUGAGGAGCUCACCUAUCAUGAAAACCUGGUCUCGUUUUUGGAAAGCUUCGAUAUGUCUCCACUCCAGAAUGUGUCACUGCCCGAAGAAAGUCCACAUGUGCAACUAGAGAAUGAGAAAGAACCUCAUUGCACAGUGGUCUACUUUGAUGACUGCAUGUCUAUCCAUCAGUGUAAGAAUUCAUGCGAGUCCAUGGGUGCUUCGAAAUACAGAUGGUUUCACAAUGCUUGCUGCGAAUGUAUAGGUCCAGACUGCAUUGAUUAUGGCAACAAAGUCGUCAAAUGCAUGAAUUGCACCUUCUGAAGACCAGAACUGUAAAGAUAUGAAGAAAAAUAUGUUGUCAUCCAUAGAGUUAAGACAAUUACCUUCUUGUGAAGCGAGGUUGUAUUUGAGUUCCUGUUUAUAUUUUUAUAUUUCUGCACUUCAUGCUUAAGAAUGUAGACAUAAAUUGGAUGGUCAUGAAAUUUAAAACUGCAGUUUUUUUUAAACUGUUUAAUUUUACUGCUGAUGUUUGUAAUUUAAACAUUGUACUGACAUAUGUAGAUAUUCAAAAUAAGCCAGUCAUUCCUUUUCUGUCUUUCAAUUGAUGUAUGCUCCUUAUGCAUCACACCUGCGAUACCAAUAUUAUUGUGUUAAUAAACUGUUCUCACAUUGUGA